CACGCCCAGGUAAACCAAACGCCCCACGUAGGAGCACACGAUGGUUGAGACGAAGAAGGAAAAUCAAGGGACGAGGAAAGCAGGGGAGGCAGCAAAAGAUAGUGAACACCGAACUCGCUCCCCAGCAACACGAGGCAGCUACACCUCAGACAUGCAGCCAAGAAACACGAAUGGUGGCGGCAAUGGCUGCCUUGAUGCACAGGAGAUGGACGAGCAGCGACAGAAGAAUGUGUCAUACCAGUACCUGUGUCACCUGGAGGAGGCCAAGAAGUGGAUGGAGGCAUGCAUUGAGGAGGAGCUCCCUGAGGCUGGAGAGCUCGAGGAACAGCUACGGCAUGGUGUUUACCUGGCCAAGUUAGCGCACUUCUUCGCCCCCACCAUCGUGCCACUGCGGAAGAUAUACGACGCUGACCUGUCACGCUUCAGGGCCAGUGGGCUGACCUUCCGGCAUACAGACAACAUCAACCACUUUCUCAAGGGUCUGGAGAAGAUCAAACUGCCAAGUAUUUUCUACCCAGAGACCACAGAUGUGUAUGACCGCAAGAACAUGCCUCGUGUGGUGUUCUGCCUCCACGCCCUCAGCCUCUACCUCUUCCGCCUGGGCAUCGCACCGCAGAUUCAGAACCUCUACGGAAAAGUCAUGUUCUCAGAGGAGGUGAUGGAGGCCAUGAUGAAAGAGCUGGGCAAGUAUGGGUGCCAGCUGCCUCAGUUUGGCAAGAUUGGGGGCAUCUUGGCUUCUGAGCUUCCAGUAGAUGAGGCAGCACUCCAUGCUGUGGUGAUUGCCGUGAACGAGGCUGUGGAAAAGAGGGACUGUUCAGAGCUGCUGGGGACCCUUGGUAACCCUAUGUGCCAUUUGAAUAAUGUAUGCGAAGCCAAUGCAGAAGUCUACUUGGUGUGCCUUGCAGAUGCCAAGGCUAGGAAGAAGGAGAUGGCCAUCAACAAGAGUCGUGACCAGGACUACAUUCCUGAUGCCUAUGAUGAGCUGCUGACCCAAGCUGAAAUACAAGGCCACAUUAACCUUGUCAACGUGUUGUGUGCGCUGGAGAAGGUGGAGGAUGCUGUGCGGGAGAAUGACAGUCGGGGGUUGCUGCAGGCUCUCCACUCCCCAACCCUUGCUCUUAAGGAGGUGAACGACAGUCUGGCAGAGAACUAUUUAAAGGCACUGGCGCAGGAACUGGAGGAGCCUUCCACCGUGCAGAGCCUUAACCACAGCCACAACUACAGCCUGGACGCCACCAUGCUGCGAGACACCUCCCUCACCAAGGCCUCGCUCCAGUCCGUCAUCAUCACCGUCAAGAGGGAAGCCGCUGCCACCGAACAAAAGGUGAGGGAGGGCAUCGCAGCUGUGAACAGAGGCCUGAGCCAAGGGUCACCAGGAGACACUCUGCAGGCCCUGAGGUCUCUCGGCGGCAACAUCUCCUCACUUCUCGACUUUGCUGCACCGCUCUACCAUGAAGAAAUGGGUGCCAUCCGUGAGGAUGCUGGGGCUGACCUUAGCCUUGAGGAGAUUCAGGGUGGGGUGCGUCUGCUGUCAGCCGUGGCGAGGGCAAAUGCAGCACUCAGCACCCGCAGCCCUGCUGAACUCUGGCUUUACCUCUCAGAUCCCCACAUGUAUCUUGAGGGUCUUGAAGAAACAAAUCUCCGGGAGUACUUCAGGGUCAUGAAUCGAGCCCAGCAGGCCAAGAUAUCUUCUGGUGACCCCUGCCCCUUCCUUACUUACCUUGAGCUGCAGCAGCUGGUUGAUGAGGUGAACCUGAAGGUACAGGAGGACAAUGACAAGAUUGGUGCCAUCACAGCCAUCAACAAAGCAGUGAGUAGUGGUGAGCCAGAAAACACCCUAACCGCCCUCCAACACUCGGCCCUCCAACUGGGAUCCUCUGUGUCUCGCAAGGAUGCACUCCACCACCAUCAGCUUCUCAAGUUGCUGAGAAGUGCGAAGAGUGAGAUGAUGGGUAGCAGUGCUUCAGAGCUGUGGCUGGAGGACAUAGUGGAGGUGGUGGAGGCAGUGGAGAGGCAUGCAGAGGAGGCAGGUCGGGUGGCAGGGCUGCUGGCUGCCCUCAAUCAGGCCCUCAACACUGCUAAUGACUCUAAUGCUGUUGCCAUCCUGAGGUCACAUGAUCUGGGUUACCUCCGCAUUAAGGGUAAUGCUGUUCCCAGUAUCCUAGACACCCUCAAGCAAGUGUAUCAAGAGAAGUCUGCCAGCAAGAACCAGAGCAGUUGGGUUAUUCACACGCUGAAUGAUGGAUCAAAGGUGCACCUUGACUUGAAGCAAGGGGACUACCAGUGGGAGCAGCCGGAGGAGGUAGUGAGUCCCCAGAAGAGCUGCUACGUGACCCUGAGUGACCUGGAGGGGGCAGUGUCCAGGGUGGUGCAGCAGGAGGCUCACAGCAGACAGAUGGAUCAGCUGGUAGUGAGGCUGCAGGCCAGGGCGCGGGGGUGGCUCAUCAGACGCAUGCUACACAGAAGGCAGGAGGCUGCGUUGACUAUACAAACCUGGUGGAGGAUGGCUCGAGCUCGUCGCACAUACACCCUCUACUGCCAGGCACUGAGGCUGAGUGAGCCCUAUGUGAUCAGGCUGCAGAGGGCGGUGCGGGCCUGGCUGCACCGCAGGAGGCUGAGACGCCUCCAGACGUACUUUACGCAGCAUGUGAAUCAAGUGGUUGCCAUCCAGCGUGCCUGGAGGGCCCACAAGGCACGGCAGGUUCUCCACUCCAUAACCCACCAGGAGAACCCACCCAUGCCAGUCAUCCGCAAGUUUAUUCACCUCCUUGAUGUCUCAGAAAGUGACCUGGAUGAGGAGUUUCGGCUGCAGCGUGUGAAGAGUGACAUAGUGAAGACAAUCCGCCACACACACCAGCUGGAGAAGGACGUGGAUGAUCUGGACGUUAAGAUUGGUCUGCUCGUGCACAACCGGAUCACCCUGCAGGAUGUCAUUCCAGCAGACAAAGAAAACAUGAACCCAAAUAUUCCAGACUCCAAGCCAAAGAAAAACAAAAAGAAUUCAAGAGACACUCUAAAACAUGGCUCUGUCAGGUCUCAGAGAGGACUGAAGGCACUUAACAAGGAAUCAAGAGAGAAGCUUCUUGGCUACCAGCACCUCUUCUACCUGCUGCAGACGCGGCCGCACUACCUGGCCACCCUCAUCUUUGCCAUCCCACCCGGAAAGACCACCAAGUUCAUUGAGAACGUCAUUUUUACACUCUACAAUUAUGGUGCCAAUGACAGAGACAAUUUUCUGCUCCUGAAGCUGCUCAAGACUGCUCUGGAGGAGGAGAUCAGGUGCAAGGUGCUGCGUCUGAGUGACAUAGUGUCAGGCAACCCUCUGGUGGUGAAGAUGAUCGUGUCCUUCAACAGGCGGGGUGCUGGCCAGGCCUCCCUCAGGGACAUGCUGGGUCCCCUCAUACACAAGGUGCUGACCAACAAUAGUAUGCUGACUAACACUAAUCCAGUUGAGAUUUACAAGACUUGGGUCAACCAGCUGGAGAUGAACUCAGGACAGGCCAGUGGUCUGCCCUAUUCAGUCAGCCAGGAGCAGGCCUUGCAGUACCCUGAGGUACAAAAAAGGCUGGCCCAGGCCAUCACCACCCUGAAGGAGGUUACCCAGGCCUUCUGUGACCAGAUCACUUCCAGCAGAGACAUGAUCCCUUAUGCUAUGUUGUACAUGGCCCGGGUGAUGCAAAAUGCUCUACAAAGGCGGUUCCCACACAUCCCUGAGAAGGAGAUACUUAAGGUGGUGGGGAACCUGGUCUAUUACCGAUACAUCAACUCGGCCAUUGUGGCACCUGAUGCCUUUGACAUUGUGACUGUUGCUCCAGACCAGAAGCUGAACAACAACCAGCGACGCAACCUGGCCAGCAUUGCCAAGAUCCUCCAAUUUGCUGCCUCCAAGAAGGGCUUUGGGGACGAGGCAUCACACCUCAAGUGCCUCAAUCCCUUCAUUGUGGAGUGCCAUGAGAAGUUCAAGAGCUUCUUCCGGCAGUGCUGUGAGGUGGAUGAGCCUGAGGUGGUGUACAAUGUGACACAGUACUCUGAGGCAACACUCAUUGUCAAGCCCACCAUCUACAUCACAGUCCAGGAAAUAUGUGAAACACACCAAUUGCUUCUGGACCACAAGGAGAUUCUGGCGCCAGACCAAGGUGACCCCCUUCACGACGUCUUGGCUGAGCUCGGGGAGCGGCCCUCAGUGCAUGCCCUCGUUGGGGAGGCCAUGGAGUCCGGCACUGCAACUCUGGGUCGCAUGGAGCUCUGUCUAGCACUCACCAACAAGUUUGACAUGACCACGACCACAGAGGACAAGGAACCCAAAGAUGGCAACAAGCUCUUUAACAGAACCAAGCAGCUGUUGGUGGAUGUGAUCCGCUGUGUUGAUGGGAAUGCCAUCGGGGAGCUGGUAGUCAGCCCAACGCGAGGCCCUGAUGAGGAAAAGUAUCGCGCCAUCAUGCUGAUACGAGCGCAGCAGGAACACCAGGCCAAGCUCAACCACGCAGCACUCAACCGCUCUCCAUCCUUCCUUUCUGAGACCAGGGUGAGUCUGCAUGAGGUGAAGACACGCCUGAGCCACAAUCUGCGGCGCCUGGAGAACCAAGGCCUGGCCUCCCGCACCACCAACUACCAAAGCCUCCUGAACGCCAUCGCAGCAGACAUAGUGAACCAGCGGCAGCACAGGAUAUCCAGGAGAAUGGAGUUACAAAGACUUCUUGGGACUGCCAAACAGCUGGAGAACAAGAAAGCAUUCUAUAAGGAGCAACUACAGUCCUAUCAGACCUACCUCAAGACCUGCCUUUCAAACAUUGCUGCUAGAAACAAAAAUGUGCACCAGAGCCUGAAUGGAAACAAAGGACGCAACAAGCAGGCCCUGAAGUACACUGCUGCUAGACUCAUGGAGAAGGGUGUCCUGCUGGAGGUGGAGGAUUUGCCUGAUUGCCAGCAGAAGAACCUCCUGUUUGAGAUCACCCCUCUGGCCACCACAGGCGUGUUCCACAUCCAGGCCAAGCUGAUGGGUGUCACUAUGGAGAAUGUGGAGAUUGAUAUUCAGGAACUUCUUCAGCUGCAGUAUGAGGGUAUGAGUGUCAAGAAGAUGUUCUCCAAGGUGAAGGUGAAUGUUAACUUGCUACUGCAUCUCCUCAACACCAAGUUCUACUCCAAGAAGAAGUAAGGCCAGUCUGCUGACCAGACACCUGCAGCCUGGUAGAUUUCUUUCCUUCAAGGAGUACAAAGGGUUUUGCUUUCUGUGUCCUACUUUUAUAGUCAUUGUUACCACAUGUGUCUUCCUAUAUUCCUGUUUUCUUCAGCAUCAGGUAGUCAUUUUAUUUGAAUGCAUUUCUUGGCUUUAUUUUCUGUGUAUGUAUGUGUUUGUUUGUAUGUGUUUAUAUUCUAUCCAUAUAAUUUUCCAUAUAUAUACGUGUCCAUUUUAAACAUAUCAUUUGAUAUAUAACCUAUUUUUACAUGUUGCAAAGAUAUUACAAUAACAGGAACUUUGUUGCCUGUCUUUGGAAGUAUAAAACUGUAGUCACAUUUGACAAGAAUAUGUUUACAGUAUUUUUAGUUUCAUCAUCUAUAUGCUUAUCACAUACUUUCACAUCAUUUUCAUAGCAUAGUUUUUUUUUUAUUGUUUUUUUUUUUUUGUCCCGCGAGAUUUACAAGUUCAAAUGUGUGGGUGGAUGGAUAUUCACUAUAAUUAUUACAUAAGCAUGCUAAGCUACACUCAUAUAUACAGUGGUGCUAUUAAUUUUAGGAUAAAGAGAGGAUUGAACAGCUCUCAGGCUGGAGAGUUGAGUGUGGCUUAUAUGAACGCAGGAACAUUCUAUCGUGCCAUAGGUCUAAGGAAGGGAAAUAGGAAAGGAUGAAGUUCAUAAUCAAUUGCUUGUUUUAAGGUUAGAGUAUUUCAUCUUAGAGCAGUAGAUGCAGUGGAGAUCUUCCCUCUCAUUUUCCCUGGCUAACCAUUACUUCCGAGGGCUCAGAUGGAUCUCCUGGGACCUUUUAGUGAUCUGUGCAUAAUCAGUAGUUAAUGGCUUCAUAUUUUCUAGCCUAGGUUAAGAAGGGACUGCAUUUUAUAACAUUAAUUGUUGUCUUUUGUUUAUUUUUACUCCCUAGUACCCCUGUGUAAUAUCUCAGGCUCCUUUAACUGUCAUGCUGAUUUUCUCUCAGGUGAAACAGGAGUGUGAGUUGACUCAGUCCUGUAAGGGUCACCAGUGAUUGAUGGUGAGAUAGGACAGCAAAAAAAAAGUGCUUUGAUCCAAUUUGCCUUUUUGCAUAAGUUUACACUGCUGUGAUAGACAAUUUCAGUAUUGUUUGUUAAACAGAUGCAACAAAUUGACAUGACUACUAUUUUCCAUUCCUGCCACCAUGACAAGCUCAGAUGUUUAGGAGGAAUAAGCGCUAUAUAGUAUAUACCCACUUCCCCUCCCCCUCCCCUCGGUAUGAUUUGUCUUUCACUUAGAGGCAGUGUUUCUUCUCAUCACACAACAGUUCCCUUUCAUUGUUCUAGUUACUGUAAGAUAUCUUGCAGAGCAGCAUAAACUGUACCUCAGCUGGUAUUUUUCUGUGAGGUACUCUUUCGUUCUAUCUCUUAAUUAGUUAUUUGCUGGAAAUCUUAACAUCUUCACUAUGAAUCUUGGAAGGGAAGCUCUGUUGUUGAGGUUCAGUCCCUGCAAGCUGAGUGUAAAGUGAACGUUUUCUUAGUAUCCUCCUGUAUGGUUCAGUUCUUUACAUGAUGAAUAACUAUUUUAUUGUAGUUUGUACCUCAAGGGUUCCUAAGAAUUUGCAUGAUUUAUUUUAGCUCCUAGUUAUCCAUUAUUUUACAUUCCUCACCAUUAUGCAAUAAUAAGAGACAGAAAUAUUUACCAUAUAUUACCAAUGUAAUUUUUAAGUAAUGUACAGUAAGAAAAUUCAUAUGAACAAGA